AUGAUUUUAUUGUGGUUCCUCGUUGUAUUAGGAAAAGUAAUUUCCGAUUGUGUGCUCCAUCAAAGUCCCAUUGUCCACUUAAACGAUGGAACAAUCGUCGGAACAGUCAAUAAAACGGAAGGCAAAGGACUAAUAUAUCAUGCAUACAGGGGAAUCCCAUACGCAGCUCCUCCUGUCGGUUGUCUACGAUUUAAAGCCCCACAACCACCAAAAAAAUGGUCCGGAACAUUGGACGCUACAAAAGAUGGACCUCAGUGUGUGCAAAAUACUGUUUUAAAUACUUCUGAGGGAAAAGAAGAUUGUUUAACUAUCAAUGUAUACACUCCCGCAGCAAGCUGCAAGUCGAAAAAAAUUCCAACAAUGGUAUGGAUAUACGGAGGCGGUUUUAUAGGGGGGAGCAGCCAAUAUAAAGAAUUCGGACCCGAUUACCUUCUAGAAAACUGCGUUUGUUUCGUCAGCUUCAACUAUCGAGUGGGAGUUUUAGGGUUUUUAAGCACAGGUGACACGGCUGCCUUAGGAAACUACGGGCUGAAAGAUCAAGUGUUUGCCUUUAAAUGGAUACGAAACAACAUUGAAAAAUUUGGAGGCGAUCCAAAUAACGUAUUGGCUUUUGGCGAGAGUGCUGGCGCAGCUUCCGUAUCCAUUUUGAGUCAAAUCAAAUCUACUAGAGGACUGUUUCACAAGGCAAUUCUGCAGAGCGGCACCAGUUUGUGCAUGUGGUCUAAGGCGAGGCACGCCAGAAAACUGGCUUUCCAAAUUGGAAGACAAUUGAACAUCGACACUUCGAACAGCACUCACUUAAUUGAAAGUUUAAGAGCUAAAUCUAGUAAAGAAAUACAGGAAGCAUUUUAUAAAAAAUGGUUACCGAUAGGUUUAAAAUUGAUUUCAAAGGAUCCGGUGAACAAUUUAAUGGGAAUAGGACCAGUGAUUGAACCACCUUCAAGUGAAUCACUUUUAACUUCUUAUAGUUUUGAAACUUUAUCAAGUGGGAAUUCGCACAAAAUACCAAUGAUUAUUGGUUUUAAUAACAACGAAGCUUCCGCUGCUGAUAAAUUUCCAUAUUCAAUAUUGCUUAAACUUUGGGGACUAUCAUAUCAAAACUUUAUGAGUAAUGUGGUACCAAUCGACAUGAAUAUUUUCAGUCUGGCUAAAAGAGUUGCUGCUAGAUUAAAAAUCACUGAAAAAUAUUUUGGAUUAAUUCCUUCAAUUGGACAAACAUUCCCCAAAUUUUUAAAGUACGUCAGCGAAACAAUGUUCAUCAAACCUAUAAUAAAAGCAGCACAACUACAAUCAAAGAUCUCCAAUGUUUUCCUGUAUCAAUUCUCAUAUUUGAGUAAGUGGGGCAGCAACACCAACAGAAGUGAAACAGGAGUUGGACAUGCCGAGGAACUAUCUUACAUUUUCAAAAAAGACCACAAUUUCGCAAUAAGUGAAGCCGAACAAAAAAUUCGCAAGUUUAUGUGUAAAAUGUGGACCAAUAUGGCACACACAGGAAAUCCAUCAAUAAAUCCACCUCAGCAAUAUCAACUAGAAAUUAAAUGGAGUCCGGUGAAUUCAACAAACACACAGUUGUUAGACAUCAAUAAAAAUUGUCACUGCAUGACGAAGAAUCCUUAUGCUGAUACCCUAGAUUUCUGGGACAAUUUGUACAACAACUUCGGUAACAGGCCAUUCGAUACAUAUUAACAAAUAAUAAAUUAAAUAUCAAUCUC